UCAAGACGGCACAACUCGACCGAGGCCGCCGCCACCAGCCCAAAGAUUGCCGGCAUCGUCGACCAGAUUUCCCAAUUGACUCUUCUCGAGACCGCAGACCUCGUCGCCAGCCUCAAGUCCCGAUUGAACAUCCCCGAUCUGCCCGUCGGCGGCUUCGCUGCCGGUCCUGCCGCGGGCGGUGCCGCCCCCGCGGCUGCUGCUGCUGAGGAGCCUGAGGAGGCCGCGCCCGCCGCCGCCGAGAAGACACUCUUCAACCUCAAGCUCGAGAAGUUCGAUGCCGCGGCCAAGGCCAAGAUCAUCAAGGAGGUCAAGAACCUGCUCGGCCUCAGCUUGGUGGACAGCAAGAAGUUUGUCGAGAGCGCGCCCAAGAUGAUGAAGGAGUCUGUACCGAAGGAGGAUGCCGAGAAGAUCAUCGCCACCAUGAAGGAGCUCGGCGCCACCGUCACCAUGGACUAA